AUGGGUCACAGCCUGGAGAAACUAGAGAGACUUUUCCGGUAUGAUAUGUAUAUUUUCGACACUGUGACGGAGGCACGGCGGAUGUCCAAGUAUCCCGAGCUAUCUGAUGAGCUGAAUCAGAAUAUUAAGGCCAAGGUUGACCUGAUUGAGGACUCGGGAAAUGAAAAGCGUGUUACUUAA